UCGGGGGUGGUGAGUGGUGGUGAUUACCGCUUUUGCUUUGACGAUCAUGAAACCCGACUCGUAACGAUCCUCAUUUAUGAUCGCAGGAGCAGCAAGACGACGUCUGGUGUUGUUGUUCGCGUGUUUCUUUCGUAUUUUAUUAAGUUCUUCCUCUCUCGGUGAGAGCGAGGAGCGAUCGACGCAAAGGGAAACAAAGCAUGGUCAGGAGUUUUGUCCCGGGGCCAAGGCACGGUUCGAUCCAGGAAUGCUGGUUGCUGGGAGGAUCAUGGGCUCCAUCUCCGCGCGGGAGCUGCUGGAGGUAGCACAGCAGCGGAUUGCGGCGGCGCUGGACGAGGCAAGCUCCGUGAAAACGUUCCUGGGGCGAUGGCGGAUCAUCCAGUUCCGGCUGGAGAAGCUGGGAUCGCAGCUCCACGACAUGUCCAAAUGCCCCCUCCUCUUCCUCGAGAGCUACUCCCUGUGCACGGAGGUGCUGGAAUCCAUGGUGGCCACCAUCGAGGACGCCAAGAUCUCCGCCCGGAAGUGCCUCCAAUCCGGCCAGAUCGAUGGCAAGCUCCAGAUGCAAAGCGCCCUCGACGCGCUGGCCGCGCGAUUCCACCACCACAUCCACGACUGCGACGUUGUCAUCAAGAACAGCCUCGUCAAGGAGUCCAUGGCGGCGCUGCUCCUCGUCACCGGCUCGCGAGCGUCGCGAUCGCGAUCCAUGGUCAUCUCGGGCGAAUCCGCGCUGCGCUGGGCGGUGCGGGAUCUCGUCGUGCGCCUCCAGAUCGAGACGGAUCCCAGAUCCAAGCACCGCGCGCUCGCCUCGAUCGUGGACCUCCUCGAGGGCGACGACAAGAAUGCAGUGCUGGUGGCGUCGCAGGGAGGGAUUCCAGCGCUGGUCCGGUUGCUCGACGCUGGAAUGCCGUGCGCCGUGCGGGAGAGGGCGGCGUCGGCGGUAUACCGCCUGGCCCGCGCGUCAUGCUGCGAGCAGGAGCUCAUAGCCGAGAAUGCACUGCCGCCGCUGGUCCGGCUGCUCGAGUCGGGCACCGGGCUGGCGAAAGAAUGCGCGGUAUCCGCGCUGCACUGCCUGACGUACACGCCCGAAAACGCGCGUUCCUUGGCGGCACACGGCGGUGUGGCGGCGCUGGUCCAGAUAUGCCGCUACGGUACGCCGCUGGCCCAGGCCUCAGCCGCCGGCGCCAUUAAGAAUCUCGCCGGAGUGACCGAGCUCCGGACCGCUAUAGCCGAGGAGGACGGGCUGUCCGAGGGUGCCGUGGCGGUACUACUCGGGCUCGUACUGUCCGGUACGGAUGCCGCGCGGGACGCCGCCAGCGACGCGCUGCAGAUACUGGCUGAGGCGUACGGCGCAACGCACGGCGGCAGGCUCGGCGACGUGGAGGCGAUUCUCCGGUUUCUAUCGUCGUUUCCGCCGCCGCAGGGACGGCGGGUGGCGGUAAGGAUGCUGAGGAACAUCUCGCGAGCCGGCGGCGUUGCUGGGACCGCUGCUUACAAUGCUUUAGCGAAGCUUGGGGACGAGAAUGGCGGCGAGGAGAGUGACGAGCUAAAACUUACAAAGAUGGUGAGUAAGAAAAAGCUGAGCUUGGGAAAAAUGGUGAUGGCGUUACUGACCAGGAAGAUUGCCACUGCUUCUAGUUCGUCCAGUCACGAGAACAGAUUAAAGAGUUUUUUUCUCAAACGAUGGUAGCGCGCUUGUAAAUAGAAGCGAAAACGAAAAGAAAAAAAGAAUCCGAUUGUUUCGAGUUUGAUACCUUUAGAGGAUGUACGUGUUGCGACUCAAUGCAGA